CUCACAGCCACAUCUGAGGACGUGCUUCAUUCACUCCAGCUGCACAGGUUGUAAAGGAAGGGGAGAAAGAGUGACAGAGGGAGAACAGGAGAGGUAGAGGUGAAUAUUAGCAGCUGCUGGAGAGGGGAAAGAGGACAGGAGGUGAAAAAGAGAGAGAGUUUCUGUUCAGUUUAUUCUUUUGAGUCAGGGUGUGAAGGAGAGAGGAGACAGGUCUUCAGGAGUGGGACUACUCAACAGUGGAAGGUUCCUCCAAGGAGGUCUUAGAUAUCUUCCGCAGCUACUCCUCCUUUCCGCUUGGGAGUCAGACCCCCAGGAUCCAAAGCCAUGGAGCCCUCUGUGUCGACUGAGGUUGAGGGGAAACCCAAGGAGAGGAAGAAGAUACAAUUUGCUGUGUCAACUGAGGUGGAGGGGGAGCCCAAGGAGAGGAAGAAGAUCCAUUUUGCUAUGCCGGCCUCUGUACCCCCGAACCUGGACCCUCGACAAGUGGAGAUGAUCCGGCGCAGGAGGCCAACACCUGCCACACUGUUUAGAGUAGCCGACCAAUCAUCUCCUGAGGAUGAUCAGUCCACCCAUCAGGUAAAGUGGGUCGUAGGAGAGAACGGAGUACUCAAACCAAAACGUGUCAAUCCAAACGUGUAUCAGCCCCCAUCACUCAAAGCUGUGCAGAAGAUGGCCGAAGCACAUAUGCAGCACCUAGGUGUCUACCCUCCCUUGGAAGACCCUUGUGAAGGGGAGGAGUAUGAGGACAACUGGCAGAGAGAGGACACAUCUCCCACCCAAGCUGCCGAUCACCACGAGACGGCGACCACAGAGCAGAGAGACAAGUUCUCCAGCGUGAGAGAGACGGCCAAAGAGAUCCAAGCAGCACAGGAGGACGAGGAGGAAGAGGAGGACGAGGAUGAAGAGAAGGAAACGACAGAGGAGAACAGUCGGGGGAGUAACUGAGAGAGAGAGGGAGAGAGAGAGAGAGAGAGAGAGAGAGAGGUGGGGGGGGGGGGGGGGGGGAUGAACUGGGCAGAAUGAAGGUGUUUUGUCAAAUGGUAAAAAAAAUCUAAAGAAGUUAGAAGAGAUGUGGAAACGAGCGUGUGCUGUCUUGAGGAUGUGUGUGGAGACGAGCGAGGAUGAAAUCAAACAUGAGAGUUAGCAAAGAUCUGUGUGAGAUGGAGAGAGAGGACAGAGAGCAGUCAGCCCGGAUGAGCAGGCGAGGAUUGAUGUCCCUUUGUUUAUAAUGAGAGCGGAGGGGCCCACCGGGUCAACAGGACCAAACAGACCAGUCCUCCCUCGACCUUAAUGCUUCUGCAGAGAUAAAUGUUCCUUUAAAGAAGGUGAUAAUUACACUCAGACACACAAACUCUCUCGUGCACAGAGCAGAAAAUGUUUCCCUUUCAAAAGAAGAACUUUAUUUUGAAACAUCAUCAUCUGAUUUGCAGCAUAUUUAAUAUUUACAUUAAAUGUGCAUGCACUGCCACCUUGUGGUGGAAAGUAGGGUUUUAAAGUGAUACUCCAGCUACUAUUUAUCUUCUUUAUCUUUAAAUGUUUUCAUUUAAAUAAGACAUUGUUUCAUGUUAUUGUUUCUACACAUCGAUAUAUAGAUAUCAUAGGUGGCUACUACAGAAUACAUACUAAUACACAGCUUUGGGGUCAACUUUAGUUCAUUCAAAUCCUAAAAAAAAAGCAUUAAAACUCCAAUAGAAACUUAUAAUAUUAUAUUAAAACAUUAAUAUUUUCCAAAAAGUCAAUGAAUUUAAAUAUAAAUAUAGAUACUAAAGAUAUUUGGAGAGGAGUAUCACUUUAUGUAAGGAUAUUGUAAUAAUCACCAACAUAUUUUUGUCUAUGAUUGUGUUAAAUCCAUGAGGCAGUGAGUGUGUAUGUGUGUGAAUUAUUUCAUACCACACUUUUCAUAUUUGAUUAUACUUUAAAAAUGAAUCUUUAAAGGGCAAAGCUACCUCUAAUUUGUUUUAGAAAUAUCCAACCUUUUAACGCUUCACACAUUUAAACCGGAUUUAUUGUUGACAUCGUGUUAAGAAAUUAAAAAUCCAAUCCUGUUCAGUGAUCUGGGAUAACUCGGAGCUCACGGUCAGACUCCCUUUUGUAUGUUAACGCUUUUCUAAUGUUAUCUUUUUAAUUGUACGUUAGGAGCUAUUUUUCUAAUCUAACGUCCAGCGUGUGAGUAGCUCAGCUCUGUCCUGUUCCACUGUCUAUCUCCGAGUCACCAGCCGAACGCCGGGCACUGCGCUAACUUUAUGACUGACAUUUGAGCAAAAUGCACUGAAUGCAUCGCUGUACAAACUUUCUCAAGUCUUUUUACCACAUAUAUUCACUUUGUCUCUCUUUUCUAAAGUUUUUUUUAGACAGCAUUUGAUUUGAUUUCCAGUUAAACUGAAGAUUUGAUGUGUAAGAAGGUGUCCAGUUGUGCCACGAUAAUUCUUUGUUUGUAUCAUCUUGGCUGCAAUUGUAAAUAAGAACUGAGUGAAACUUUGACCUCUGACCUGCCCAAAUAAUGGGUUGAAUGGAUGAGGCUCUGCAGCCGACCCUCCUCCGCCCUCUGUCCGCCUCCCGUCUCCAGCCGGGUCAGAAGAAAACAACCAUGGAAAGACACGUGUGAACUAUUAUGUUUAUUCUGUCUUUAUUCUAAUUUUAUUUUUCCAUUCUAUUGUUUUCUCAAUGUGAUGUGGUUGUUUUAAAGUGAGCAACAUUAUGAUAUCAAAAAUAAAAAGCUUUUCCUUUUUCUCCAUUAAACUAAUCUGUAUGUAU